CCUGGGGACAGUUCUCUUGAGGCCAUCCACAACAUGACUCAGCUUUGCCGAAGAAUGCUUCGCUUCAACAUCAAAAGGAGAAUUCUCUGGCGGGUCUCGACUCUCCGGCGAAGCCUUUUCUCUUUCUGGAACAAAGUUCUUGCGUGUUUGAUGGGUAAGUCAAUCCAGUAUAGACAACUACCACACACUGCUGCUGUAUAUAGCACUCCUCCUUCAGGUGCUGUAGAGGGCGCUUUUCCGGCCACCGACACGGCGUCCCGGUGCUGUGGACUCGAUGAGGAGUCUUCCGAUUUGGUGGUUCUGAAGAUUAGUCUCUUGGGUGAUUGCCAUACUGGAAAAACUAGCUUUCUGACUAAGUAUGUGGGGAGAGAUGAAGAACAAGAAGGUUCUGAGAGGACAGGUAUAAAUCAGAUUGACAAAACACUCUCUGUAGGAGGGGCACGAAUUGCUUAUACUAUAUGGGAAGUGGGAGGUGAUGAAAAUUCUCACAAUCAGAUUCCAAUUGCUUGUAAAGACUCGGUAGCAAUGUUAUUCAUGUUUGAUCUGACGAGUCGGUGUACUUUAAAUAG